UAUGAGGCAUCGUGUAUGUGCGUAAUCAAAACAUACUUCAAUUUUAGUUUAACACACAAAUAUAGUUAUCUCUUUAUUCAGUAUUGCAUUAUAAGUGGUAGUGAUUGCACGUUGCAGAUUGUUUUUAUUUGAUAUUUAUAUUUCGGAAGUAAUAAAUCCGAAUGGCGGCUUGCGAUUGUGAUAAUAUAUUGCCUCAAGGGAGUGUGGAGGAGCAGCAUUAUGACAACUGCAGAUCGGUUUGGGCUCAGCGACACCCCACCAACCUGCCUCUUUUAAAGAAUGAAGAUGGCACUAUUGGCCUUAAAAAUCGAAAUAUUUUGAACUUGGAUGAAGAUGUACUGUAUCACUUGGCAUUUACGAAUAAAAGUAUUGACUUAGAAGCUAAGUUUGGUGAUGUGAAAUUUGUCUGUACGGGUGGAACUAAAGAAAGGCUUAAGGAAUUCGCACUAUAUAUGGCACAGAGACUGGGAAUCAAGAUAGAGGGAGACUUAAGGGAUUGGGCUGAGAAAUCUAAGAGAUUUGCCAUGUAUAAAGUUGGCCCUAUCUUGGCAUUCAACCACGGCAUUGGUAUACCGUCCAUGACCAUUGCCCUCCAAGAGGUUAUAAAAAUGUUGUUCUACGCAAAAGCGAAGAAUCCAAUCUUCUUCAGGAUUGGCACCUGUGGAGGUCUGGGUGUCGAGGCCGGCUCAGUUGUUAUAUCUAAAUGGGGGCUUAAUGGGUAUCUAAAUAAAUCCUAUGAUUUACCCGUUUUGGGAAAAACAUAUAGUAUGCCUUCAUUUUUGGAUAGAAGAGUUGCGCAAGAGUUGUAUUUGGUUGCGAAGGAAAGUAAGAAUGAUUUUCAGACUUACCUUGGAGGAACAAUGGGCUCUGAAGAUUUUUAUCGAGGGCAAGCUCGCCUAGAUGGUCCAUUCUGCAACCAUACUAAAGAGGAGAAGAUGACAUUCCUCAAGGAAUUGGCAAGUAGGGGAGUAAAGAAUAUAGAGAUGGAAGCGACAGCAUUUGCGGCGCUCAUGACUGAAGCUGGCAUUAGGGGCGCGAUUGUCUGCGUGCCUUUCUUGAACCGGCUGCAUGGUGAUCAGGUAACUUCGACUAAGGAGCAACUUACUCAAUGGGAAAACAAUCCCAUGAAAGUAGUUGGAGAUUACAUAGUCAAAUAUUAUGAAAAUCAAAAUCAAUAAAUAUUAUUAACAUGUAUUUUGUAUAAAUAAUGGUUUUAUUGUUUAACAAAUAGUUAUGUGUUGCUAAUAAGUUGCCAGCCUAUUGGUUCCUGAAUCUUCAAAUGACUCUUUUGAACAAAAAAUUUACAAUAAAGUAUACAUAGUUCUAUUUAAAAUAUUUGUGUUAAAGUUACCAUGGGCUGGUUAACAGAACGAUGAGCUGUAGCGAAGAACAAAGAAGAUUUAAUGGCAAAUAAAUAUGACAUAAUAAUACUUAUACCCAGUGAUUAAUAAAUAUGAUUAUAAUUAUAUUUUAUAUUUAUAUUAUUAUAUUAUUAUUACACUGU